AUGGCCCCUUCUGCAAUUACCCCUCCACAUGGAGUUCAACAGACUUCUGAGCUUACCACUGCUGCUGUUGCUCGAAAGAUUGCAGAGACGGCCCCGGAAUUGAUAAGCAAUGGCGUCAAGACCGAGAUGGCGCCCCGUCCUUUGGAUGCUUCCAAGCUCAAAUUCACCAAGACCACUAGUCCAAUGUCCGUUCCUCAACCUGGAGACCCAAUUAUCAUGACUGCUUCUCAAUGCACUGAUCAUAUGAUUACUGCUGUCUGGAAAGCCUCCACAGGUUGGGCUGAUCCAGAACUCCGACCUUACGGCAAUCUUUCCUUGGCUCCCACCGCAUCUGUUCUUCACUACGCCACUGAGUGUUUUGAGGGAAUGAAGAUGUACCGAGGUUUCGAUGGUAAACUACGACUCUUCAGACCAGAUGCCAACUGCAAGCGAAUGCUCGUCUCGUCGACUCGUAUCUCUUUGCCUGCUUUCGACCCAGCAGAGCUCGAGAAGCUGAUCAAGGCUAUGAUCGCGGUAGAUGGACCAAAGUGGCUCCCAAAGCCAGGAACUUUCCUGUACUUGCGACCAACAAUGAUUGGUUCCGGAGGAGCUCUUGGUGUCGCCACUCCCAAGGAGGCUACGUUAUUCGUUAUUGCCACAUUCAUGCCACCACUAGACGCACCAACUGGAAUGAGGUUGCUUGCAUCGACAAACGGAGUCCGAGCAUGGCCAGGUGGGUUUGGAUACGCCAAAGUCGGAGCAAACUAUGGUCCAAGUUUGAUGGCCAAUGGAGAAGCACGAGCACGCGGUUACGAUCAGGUCCUGUGGCUUCUCAACGGCACUGUCACGGAAGCUGGAGCAAGCAACUUCUUUGUCGUCUGGCGAUCAAAGGAAGGAAAGGUUCAGCUGGUCACGGCUCCUCUAGACGGCAAGAUCAUUCUCGACGGCGUCACAAGGCGAAGCAUUCUUCAAUUGGCACGUGAGCGACUCACAAGCGGCCAGAGUGGUCUUGAAUCCCUUGAGAUUGUCGAGCGAAACUUCACCAUGGAUGAUUUGGUUGACGCUGCGAAAGAUGGUCGCAUUAUUGAAGCUUUUGCUGCCGGCACUGCAUACUUCGUCUGCCCAGUCGCUGCCAUUAACUACAAGGACGAGGAUUUGGAUAUUCCUAUGGCUCGUGGUAAUAGUGGCGAUUAUGCUCAUUUGGUCAAGAGUUGGUUGACCAACAUAAUGUAUGGAAAAGAGGAUCACGAAUGGGGAGUCGUCGUGCCGGAGGUGGAAGAUAAGUAA